AUGGAGCGUGAAUCGAAUCCGAUGGAGACGUUGUGCCGCUCGGGGUGCGGAUUCUACGGAAACCCCUCAACAGACGGACUCUGCUCAGUGUGCUUUAAGGAGGCUCUAAAGAAGAAGCAACAGCCGCCGGCGUCGUCACCGUCGCCCGUGUCGGCGCCCUUCGUGGCGGCGCCGUCGACGCCGCUGGCCGCGGCCGCGCCCACCGUGCCCAGCCUCCCAGCCCAGCCACAGACCCACACAGACGUGAGGCCACACUUCUCUUAUUUGUACGCCUACCGCACGCACCGCCAUUCACAUCAGCACUUAUGCUAUCACUUCACUUUUGCCAUGCAUACAUACGCCCAUUUCAUUCAAUCAGCCAUCUUUCGAUGGAACAUCAACUUGUAUUAA